AUGCCCGGACUGGUUUCAUGUCCACAUUGUGACCGUCUGUAUAGCAAUCAUUCACUACAGCUACAUAUUUCGAAGUGUAAAGAUAAUCCGAACGCUGUCCGUCGAUUUUCGGUGGUCCUGAAAAAGAGCACGAACACAAAAAACUCAAGACCUAGGACGCGAUCAUUAUCACGGCCUGUUGGAGAUGAAUUCCGUUUGUGUUAUGUGUGUGGGCAAAGGAUGGAUGAGAAGAAUAUUGGUUCACAUGAGGAAAAAUGUCUAAAAGCUUGGUCUGAAGCAUGCGACCGUCUAGUAGCGCGGUUCGAAUCCCGUCCUCCGAUGCCAUUGAUGAUUCCUUCGGUGGAUGGAACGAGCGAUAGCCGUCGACUGAAUGAACAUGCCUCUGUGCAAGCGACAAAGGCACAGACUCUACGAUGUCGCCGGUGCAGUGCCAAGGUGCCGUUGAGCAGUGCCGAUCAGCAUCGAUGCACUCGUUUCGAUCCACCAGUGGAAUACUUCUUCUAG